AUGGUUCUUUUAGCUGGUGAUAAAUCCGGUGUGUGCCUUUUCAUUUUCCUUUUUUUCUACAAGGAAAACAAAAAAGUAUAUAAGGUAAUAGAGUAUCGCGCUGCUGUUCUCAUACUAGAAACACCAGAACAAUCUUUGAGGCGCCAGCAAAACCGAGAACUUCACCGACUGAGAGUAAAAACCAUGGCGGCACCUCCAGACCUGGACCCUUCCUCCUCCUCCAUAUUCUCCCACAAAAACUCCCGCCUCCCAGACGACUCCGUUUUCUACGCCAUCUUCCCGGACUCCUCCCUCACUUCCACCUCCACCACCGCCGCCUCGCUCCACUCCCUCCACCUCCAAAUCCUCCAAACCCUAACCCCCUUCACCUCCGACUACAUUUGGCAGCACGAGCCCUUCACUCUCUCCCCCUCCGCCACCCCCAAGCCCUCCUGCCUCUGCUCCCCCCACCUCCCUCACCUCCACGGCAAGCUCCGCGUCGGCGACAACCUCGACGACGAGUGGUUCACCGUCUUCCUCCUCUUCCACAUCUCCUCCACCUUCCCGGACCUCUCCAUCCGAGUCUGGGACUCCGACGGCGAGUUUCUCCUAAUUGAAGCCGCCUUUCACCUCCCUCGCUGGCUCAACCCUCAGACGAGCACAAACCGCGUCUUCAUUCGCCGCGGUCAGGUCCAUAUCGUCCCCCGGCACCGCCUCAGGAACCCUAACCUGACAGAGGCGUUGAAUUUCAUUGCGGCGUUUGGUGAGGAGUCGGUUGCGGCUGAGCCGGUGCAGGCUGCGGUGAAGAACCGGAUUUCGGAGUAUCCGGAGAAGGCGAGGAGGAAUAUGCAUGUGGUUAGGGUUAGGGUUCCGCCGGCGGUGGCUCAGGUGUUGAGUCAGGAGCCGUGUCUGGUUGCAUUGGCGGUUGAGGGGUUCUAUGACCGUGACAUUGAUACAAUGAAGUAUGCGGCGAAGAUGGAGAGGUUCUUGAGCAGAGGGAGAGAGGAGGAGUUGGUGUGUAUAUCAGUGAAAAUGUCGAGGGCAAUGUAUGCACAGCUGGUGCAGCAGACGUUUCAGGCGCCGAAAUGUUAUCCGAUGCCGAAUAGGAGUGAUUCGGCAUAUGUGGAGGCUGAAUUGGGGAUGAAGAUUGCGUGUGGGUUGGAGAUGAUGUAUCAGCAUAGGAGAAAGGAGGGGUUGGAAGGGAAAGGGAGUACGUGGGAGGCCUUUAGGGAGAGUUUGGAGAGGAGCGGUUACUUUGAAGGGUUGCUUCCGGGUUCGAAAGAGUACCAGAGGUUGAUGCAGAAUGCGGAGGAGUAUUACCGGAGUAGUGCUUCGUUUUCAAGGGCUAGUGAGAUGAUGAGUGCUCCAGUGAGGCGCAUAGAUGAGAUUCUUGCUUUACCUUAUUCGGUGGAUGAUUUUAAGCGUGUAGAUGUUCCACCUUCUGAUGAUGAUUCUUGGCUUUACAAUGGAGAGGAUGAAUUGAACUCUGAACUUCUACAGAGACAAAAGGAGAUGGAACUUUAUGAUUUAAAACAUAAGAAGAAGCAGAAGUCAAAAGAGCAGGACAAUGUUGGUCCAUCCUCCAGCUCUAACACUGAUGGGUUCAAUCCUGGUGAUAUAGCAAAAACCAUGCAGGCCUUUGUCGAAAAGGUGUCAAGCUACAAGGGAGCUGAGGUUCCUGAGAACAGGAACCUAAAAGAGGUGGACCUUGAUGUGGACCGUUUCUUUAAGGAUGUAGAAUCAAUGAUGAAAAGCCAUGGUGGUGAAGAAGCUACUAGUGAUGAUGAUAUUGAAGAAGGGUCUUCAUCCGACUUGGAUUUCGAUGAUUCAGAAGAUGAAAUUGACAGCGCAGAACUUUCUGAAGAUAUGGAGGAUGGAGAGGAUACUUUCAUGCAUUCUUACUCUGACGCUUUAAAUGAAGAAUUGAAGAGUACUACACUUGAGAAGAGUUUUGUGCGUGCUAAUGAACAAGCCCCAAAGAAAGAUGAGGGAACGUCUAAUGCUACAGAAGAUAUGGAGGAGGAUUUUACUCCUGUGGAUGUGGAUGUGAAUCUGGUAAAGAGUCUUCUUGAUUCCUUCUCUAGCCAACAAGGCCUUCCUGGUCCUGCUUCCAAUUUGCUUGGCCUCAUGGGUUUACAACUCCCACAAGACGACAAAAAGGGCAAAUGAGAUCUCGUCAAGUCUUCCAAACCCACUUCUAUGUUGCUUCUCCAAAUGGAUGGAUCUUUCCAACUCUGUCCCUGUUACUUUUAACUUCCUAUGUAGUGGUGAUUUUGCAGUUAAUGAUCCUCGUCCCUUUUUUUUUCCUUUCUAAAGAGCAUAGUCAGCCAUGUACAUGUUUUUGGGUGGUGAUCACCAGGAUGGUGCAACUUUGUAUGUUGACAUGUGAAUAGUAAAUGCUUUACAGUAAAGAGACGUGUUUGUUAA